CUUUUAUUUAUCCUUGCAGCAAAGAAUCAACUCAAAAUGAGAAUAAGAUCAAUUCGAACCAGAUAAAAAGAGGUAUUUUCGGUGCAACUCCAGACUGCACCACCAAACUUUAAAAACUUCACUCAACAAUGGCGCUAACAAGAGAGAUGUGCAGAUGCCUACGGCAUAACAGCAGCAGAUGCAGCACCCUCAGAAAGAGUUUAUUUACAAAUGUGAAUUUUGCCAAUAACCAGGCCAUACGAUUGCCAUGCAAACAUGCCAGAUAUGCAUCAUCAGUGGCAAACUCUAACCCCGAUACCAUCUUCGUUGACGGCCGGUCGUUUCAAAGAGACGACAUGACGACAGUCACUCCUAAGAUUAUAUCCCGCGUGGGCCAAAACCUCCACAACCAAAAACACCACCCUUUGUGCCUCAUCAAAGAACGCAUCACCGACUUCUUCUAUGGAGCCUAUUUGAAUCGCCGUGGCAACCCGUUGUUCUCCGUCUAUGACAACAUCUCGCCAGUGGUAACUAUGCAGCAAAACUUUGACAGCCUCACUACUCCCAAGGAUCACAUCAGCAGACAAAAGGGAGAUAACUAUUACAUAAACAGGGAUUACAUGCUUCGAGCACACACCUCGGCCCACGAGCAUGAGUUGGUCAAGGCUGGUCUCGAUGCCUUCUUGGUCACUGGCGAUGUGUACCGCAGGGAUGAGAUCGACGCUAGUCACUACCCUGUCUUCCAUCAGCUAGAAGCGGUCCGACUGUAUACGCCGCACGAGUUAUUUGACAAGUGCGACGACAAGAACCUGAGACUGUUUGAGAGUUCACCGGGCUGUCGGACCGUGGAGAAGCAGGGUCAACACACACUGGAAGCUGUCAAGCUGGUUGAGUAUGAACUCAAGAACACGCUGGUCAGCUGUAUGAAGCAUCUCUUCAGAGAAGAUCUGGAGAGUCGCUGGAUAGAGGCAGAGUUUCCGUUUACUCACCCCUCCUGGGAGCUGGAGAUCAAAUUCCAAGGAGAGUGGUUGGAGGUUCUUGGCAGCGGGAUUAUGUCACACCAGCUGCUGGAUUCAGCCGGAGCUGGUGACAAAAUUGGCUAUGCCUUUGGUGUAGGCCUGGAGCGUCUAGCCAUGAUACUCUAUGACAUCCCUGACAUCAGGCUCUUCUGGAGUGAAGAUGAAAGAUUUCUGUCACAAUUUAAAGUCCAGGACCCUACUAAAGUCAAAUUUAAGCCCUUCAGCAAGUACCCGCCCCUCAUUCAAGACCUGUCCUUCUGGUGUCCGGACGAGUACACAUCAAAUGACUUCUACGACCUAGUCCGGACCGUGGCCGGCGACCUCGUCGAGCAAGUCAGCCUGGUGGAUGAGUUCCAGCAUCCAAAGACGGAGCGGACCAGCAGGUGUUACCGCAUCGUCUACCGUAGCAUGGAGAAGACAUUGACGAAGGAGGAGGCAGGAGACAUGCACAUUAGUAUUGGGAGGACAGCCCAGGAGAGACUGGGAUUAGAGAUGAGGAUGAAAUGAGCGGGGAUUAUUCUUAAACCAAAAUUCUGCAGUUCAGUGAUGUAGUUGAGACCUAUUGUUGAGACCUCAUGCAGAUGCUCGUAUAACAUCGGACUUCAUUUGGUCCGUGAGUGAAGGCUUUAAAUGCUUCCAGUCAGUUUACAAAUCAUUCAGCUUGCUUUAGUUAAGACUCUAAAAUUAUUAUU